AUGCUGGUCACCGUGUACUGCGUGCGGAGGGACCUGUCGGAGGCGACCUUCUCCCUCCAGGUCAGCCCUGACUUCGAGCUGCACGACUUCCGCGUCCUGUGCGAGCUGGAGUCGGGGGUCCCCGCCAACGAGAUCCAGAUCAUCCACACGGAGCAGGUCCUGGCCGACGACCACAGCUCGCUGGGCUCCUACGGCCUCCACGACGGUGACGUGGUGGUGCUGCUGCAGAAGGAGAGCGCGGGGUCCCGGACGCCGGGCCGCACGGCCAGCCUGCCCCAUGUGGAGCUGGCCGGGCCAGCGGAGCCGGGCACGUCGGGCGGCCGCCAGCAGCACCCCCUGCAGCACCUGCAGCGCCGGGUGCAGCCCCGCGGCCUCAGCUCCGGGGAGAAGAGGGUGUCCGCACAGAGCCUGGACAGCCCUGUGCUGAUUCGGAGCGUGCUGCUGUCCAGCCCCCACGACCUGUCGCUGCUGAAGGAGCGCAACCCCCGCCUGGCCGAGGCCCUGCUCAGCGGGAACCUCGAGACGUUUUCGCGCGUCCUGACGGAGCAGCAGAGGGAGAGGGCCCUGCGGGAGCAGGAGAGGCUUCGUCUCUACUCCGCGGACCCGUUCGACUUGGAAGCUCAGGCCAGAAUCGAAGAAGAGAUCCGGCAGCAGAACGUCGAGGAGAACAUGAACAUAGCGAUGGAGGAGGCCCCGGAGAGUUUCGGGCAAGUGGCCAUGCUCUACAUCAACUGCAAAGUCAACGGGCACCCUCUGAAGGCCUUCGUGGACUCGGGGGCCCAGAUGACCAUCAUGAGCCAGGCUUGUGCCGAGAGGUGCAAUAUCAUCCGGCUGGUGGACCGGCGCUGGGCUGGCAUUGCCAAGGGGGUGGGCACACAGAGGAUCAUGGGCCGGGUCCAUCUGGCUCAGAUUCAGAUCGAAGGGGAUUUCCUUCAGUGCUCGUUCUCUAUCCUCGAGGACCAGCCCAUGGACAUGCUUCUCGGGCUGGACAUGCUCAGGAGACAUCAGUGUUCCAUCGACUUGAAGAAAAACGUGCUGGUGAUCGGCACCACGGGCACGCAGACUUCCUUCCUUCCCGAGGGGGAGUUACCCCUGUGUGCCAAGCUGGUGAGCGGUGCUGGGCAAGAAGAGUCUUCAGACAAGGAAGCAGUGGACACUAUUAAGCGUUCGGUCAAGGAUUUAGGACGGAAAAAGCACUGA